UUCACUAACCAACAUCUCGCCAAUAUGCUUGCACUUACCAUCUCGGCCGAACUGGAAGGCGUCACCGACCUCGGUCCAGAAGACACCGAGACGAAUCCGUUCUACUACACGUUCAAGGUCCAAUGUACAUCAUGUCGCGAGAUACACCCCAAUUGGGUGUCUAUCAGCCGAUUCGAGCAAAAUGAGCAAUCUGGAAGUAGAGGCGAGGCGAAUUUCGUCUGGAAAUGCAAGAACUGCAAGAGGGAGCAUUCAGCCAAUAUAGUCGAUUCGCCCUCUACGUAUCCGCAACAAAGUCCGCCCAAGCCCAAGAACAUCAUUACCAUGGAUUGCAGAGGCCUCGAAUUUGUCGAGUUCAAGGCAGACGGCGAAUGGAAAGCAACAGGUGCCGAAAGCGGUACCAAAUUUGCAGCCAUCGACCUGACAGAAGGAGAAUGGUUUGAUUACGACGAGAAGGCUGGCGAGGAGGUCAGCAUCAAGGACAUCAAAUUCGACAUCAAACGAGCAUAGAGUGCAAUCAUCCCUGAAUGGUGAACAGUUCGGUCACAUACCAUGUCUCAGCAGGAUUCUUGGCAGCCAGUUGUGGCGCAACUCUACUCGUGGCGUCAAGCUUGCUACAGCUGCAAGCUGCAGCUCCGGUAUCAGCUAUGGAUGAGAGAUCAGAUUUGUGCUCACAUGAUCAUGUACACGUUGAAGCACCAAAAUGUUAGAGGUUGGCAACACACACCGGAAAGAUCGUAGAUCGAGCAU